AUGGUUAAGGCAAGACAGUGGCAGUUGGCUCACCAGCCAAGAGACGAGCCGAAGCUCGAUGGUCCAGAGCAGACUUUCAAAUUGGUAGAAACCGAUCUUCCAGAGCCAAAGCAAGACGAAGUGUUGGUGAAGUUGCUCUCGCUGUCCAACGAUCCGGCUCAAAGAGGAUGGAUCGACCCCGACAUUCCUGCUGAACGAUUGUAUGUCCCUCCGGUCAAGGUUGGAGCACCAAUGACUGCCUUUGGUGUCGGAGAGGUCGUCGAGUCCAGGUCUUCACAGUAUAAGAAGGGCGACACCGUUGUUGGACCUAUUGGCUGGUCGGAAUACGCUGUUUUGAAAGCAGGCGCUCUUCAGCCCGCCAAGGACCUGCCAGGAGGCAAGCCGAAGACUCUUUACCUUGGUGCUCUUGGCAUGACUGGUCUCACAGCAUACUUCGGCAUCACAGACGUCGCUGCCGCCAAGAAGGACGACAUCGUAGUAGUCUCUGGAGCUGCCGGAGCUACUGGGUCGAUGGUUGUACAGAUCGCUAAGAAGCUCAUCGGAUGCAAGAAGGUUAUCGGUAUUGCCGGUACUGAUGAUAAAUGUCGCUGGGUCGAGAAGAUUGGCGCCGACGUCUGCCUGAAUUACAAGUCGAAAACUUUUGCAGAGGAUCUGAAGAAGGAGACGCCGUCGCCGGAGGGUUUCGCCAACGUUUACUAUGACAACGUUGGUGGCGAGAUUUUGGAUCUUAUGUUGACGCGCAUGGCGAAGGGAGGCAGAAUCGCUGCCUGCGGAGCAAUCAGCGCAUAUAACACUGCGUCAGAGCGGACGACAGGCCUUAAGAACUGGUUUGAGGUGGUCUCCAUGCGACUCAACAUCAAAGGGUUUAUUGUCCUAGACUUCCAGAGCAAGUUCCCACAAGCACUGGAGACCUUCCAAAAGGCUCUGGCAGACGGCAAGCUAGAUCUUGAGGACUCCGAGACCGUGGUCAAAGGAAGCUUUGAAGAUGUGCCAAAGACUUGGCUGAAGCUCUUUGAGGGCUCUAACCAGGGCAAGCUGGUCACUCAGAUCCAGUGA